AGUGGUAAUACUAAAAUAAUCUGCUGCCUACACACUUGGCCUCUUGGGAUUCCAUUACAUGCCAGUAAUGUAAUUUGUAUAUAAAUUCUUGUUUUAAGUGUGUCUUUCAUUCAGAUGAUAAAUUAGAACAACAGAAGCACUUUUAUUUUUUAGAACGCUGAACGCGUAUUCUGAUUACUCGGCAAUUACUCUGAUUAUUUCAAACUAUAGACAAGUUUGAUUAAUGAAAAGAAAUUAUUCAAACUAAACAAGCAUAGAGUAUUUUAACAUACAAAGUCUUGGAUAUUUAACAAUAAACAUUAAUAAACAUUGUACGACGGAAAGAACCCAACAGCAAAUAAAACGGGAUAAAAUAUGACUACAUAUAUCUUGAACAUUUUAUUAGCUGCUGCUUUAGCUAUCAGCAUGUUUGUUUCUAAUAGUGAUGGCUUUGUAUUGAAUGUACACCAUGUCAAAAUGACUGAUUCAGAUUCAUCAAAGGACACAGGGAUUGGAGACUUCAAAACACACCAACCGACGGUCAGACAUUUUGCAAGGCACGGCUUAUGUAGAAAUUACGAGGGAAAACAAACUUUGUAUAUUGCAAUGAAAGCGAAAGUCUGUGAUAUAAGCUUGUCAACGAUACAAAGUGUAGUGUUAGACCUUUGCAGACAUAAGAAUCAUAUGCUGGACAAAUGGGUAGAGGAAUUAUUUGACAUCGACGGUAAUGGUUACAUCUCUCAUUUUGAAAAGCAUCUUUACUCUUGAAAACACCACUGUUUAAGGGUGGCAAGGAUGACGUACCAAAACAGAAAUUGGACCAGACGAAUAAAAAUGAAUACAGAUGAUUCCAAUCAGUACUUUCAAAAUUACAAUGCUACUAAAUGUAUUUGACUUUUAAUCAGUUGAAAUAUAUUACAAUAUUAGAUUUCAAUGUAAAAAAAACAACAAAUUCUUUGACUGCUUAUGUAUGUUUAUUUCUUUGUUUUUUAUAACACAUGGUGCAUAUGUUUCUGAUUACACAUUCGAAUGUGCCUUUUUAUAUAGAAAAAAUGAUAGUGCGUUUAAUUAACUAUAAUUAUUAAAUGAAACAAAGCAAGCAAUUUUGACACUAAAACAAAAUGAUGAAUUCUGCUUUUAACAAAUUUAGUGUGUGUAUUUUUCCAAUAUAUUGUAUACCAGUUGUCUGAUUAUCUUUUUCGAUUUUUAAAUAGUUUCGGUAUUUGUAGAUUUUUUAACAAACGCAAAUGUCAAAUAAUACUUGUUGUCUAGAACAUUCCAUGUGUUUUUUUAAAAUAUAUGAAUAUUUAUAAGAACAUUUUAGAUAUAAUUAUAUUAUAAUUAUAUAAAUUCACUGAAGAUUUUUAACAAAUAACAUGCAAACAAAUGGUGUCCAAGAAUAUUUUGUCUUGCCUCUAAUGACGACAUAAAAAUAUAUUCCAAAAUGGAUACCAAACAUUCCAUUCAUGAUUGAAAACUGAUCAUAGAGCAUUUGUUAUUUAACUUUUGUGAUAUAGCUUAGCAGAUUGUUGCAAUUGUAUGAUUGU